UUUGGCCGGGGUUCUGAUAUGAGUCACAAGUCCGGUCUUGUAAAAUACAACACAAAUGUCCACAGUGUGUAUUCAUCCAUCACAUCAUCUUCAACCUUCGGGAAGCGAUACCUAAAGCGCACUCGUGAAAGCCUUUCCGUUCGAUACCCAUCGCUAGAGGAGGCGGCGGCGGAAGCUCUUCAAUAAUCUCCACCCCACAUCCUCAAGAUUACUCUCAAGAUGACUCUUACACAACGCCAGCCCUCGCCCCGUCCAGCCUCAUUGUCCAUAGAGGAAUGUGACCUUUCCGAUCACAUUUCCGAGGACGACACUCCUUCCGUCAAGACACAUCCCACCGUACCAUCUCGGACCCCUGUGCCCUACCUCAAGCUCUUCCCUCUCCUGGUUCAGCGAUGGUCCGAGGGUAUGACCUACGCCGUCAUAUUCCCAUAUAUCAACGAGAUGGUUCACUCCAUGGGAGUGGAAGAGACGCAAGUCGGUGUAUGGUCUGCAAUCGCCGAAUCAGCCAUGAUGGCUACGGAAUCGGUAUCAGCUCCCUUCUACGGUCCUCUAGCAGACCGGUACGGCAGAAGACCAGUGUUGAUCGGGCUGGAGAUUCUGUGGGGUGUAUUCGGAUUACUCUUUGGGUUUUCCAGGACGGUGUGGACAGUGAUCAUCUUUAGGAUGUGCUUGGGGAUGCUGGCGGGCUGUGGUGUCAUCUCCCGUACUAUGGUGGGGGAACUGUGUGACAAGACCAACCGUAUUCAAGGUUUUGCCGUCUUCUCCCCGGCCUUCACCAUUGGUAUGACCACUGCACCUCUGGUAGGCGGUUUUUUGGCGAAACCCGUGCCGAGGCUCUUUCCAGAAUCAUGGACUCUGCUCGUCAACUUGCCUUACCUCUUACCAGCCAUAGCAGCGGCUUUGUCCGCUGUGAUUGCUGCUUGGCUAUCAAUACUUCUCCUUCCAGAGACACUGGACCGCGUAAAGUAUAAUGAAUCUCAACAAACAAAACGAGAGACUGGCGGGGGUAGCAAUAUGAUGGGUCUGAUAAAGCACAAGCUGUUUCAGAAGGUCUUGACUCUAUACAGCUUGCAAAACGCCAUCAUGUUUUCGUUCGAAGCCGUCUUUCCUCUCUUUGGAUUUACCAGUAAAGAGCUCGGCGGUCUUGGUCUAUCUACUCAAGAGCUCGGUAUCAUCCUCGGCUGUUCGGCUGGCCUAUCAAUCUUCAUGAUCAUCUUUGUCUUCCCUCCCCUCCACGCGAUAUUACCUGGAAACAGAUGUCUUCUUGUCUGUCUUGCAUGCUACCCUCUCUCAACGUUAUUCUUCCCUCUCAUGUGGUAUCUCAGCUACACCCACCAAGGCCCAGGAAUGCCGACAUCGCUAUGGAUCGUCAUGAGUGUACAUAUGAUCUUGCGACGGGCUGGAGAUUUCACUAGCACGUUGCUGGAUACAAUCACGCUGGAUGCUAUACCCGGUCCGGGAUAUCUUGCGUCAGCCAAUUCUCUCGGAUUCAGCAUGUCUGCAGUAGGCCGCGCCACAGGACCAUUCAUCGUAUCCUACUUUUUCGCCCUUUCCACCCGCUUCCCUCCCCCACAACAUCCAAUAGGCGGACAAAUCGUGUGGAUCGUGCUCGUAUUACUGUGUGUGCCGGCGAUGGGACUGGCUUGGGUUGUCGGGAAUGCGGAUACGAGUGGAGAAGGGCACGCUGGUGAGGGCUCGAUGAGGGAGGAGGAGGAGAUGGAGUUGAUGGGUGGAGAGAGGGAGCGGACGGGAGUUUAAUUUGUUGGUGUGAUCUGUCCUUAGGGUCAGGGCUAGUUCAAUUACCAGGGGUCGGCCGGCCCCGGGGGAAUUGCCAAUCGUCUGACCAUGAAGUGAUGACUUGACGAUAUGGAAAGGGACGGGCCAGAAGUCCGACGGAAUGAUGGUACACAUCUCUAGAGAUAAACUUUGACUUUGAUAGAUGCGUUGUAUAUGCUCACGAUGAGAAUGAAACUGAUCACAUCUCCUAUACCUGUAAACAAGUGAUCGUUCCUUG